UGCUCAUCAUCACAUAAUUUAGGACUCAAAUAUUAGGAAACAAGUUUUAGGUUUCAGACUUUCUUCUCGGGGUCAUUCAGUGUUUUCUAAACCCUCCUCCCUCCAGCCUCUCUGACUGUGAGUCCCAGCAGAUCUCAGAUGUUUAAAGAUGAAUCUGUCUCUCUGAGCUGUGAGGAGGACGACAGCUCUGCUGGAUGGACUCUGAGGAGGAACACAACCAGAGAAACCAGGACUCAGUGUGAAGAUGGCUGGGGAAGACCUGCUGGUUCUUCCUGUAAAAUCAGCUACAUGGUCCCAGGGGACAGUGGAGUUUACUGGUGUGAGUCCAGAGAGGGAGCAACCAGUAACAGCAUCACCAUCACUGUCACUGGUGGACCAGUGAUCCUGCAGAGUCCUGUCCUCCCUGUGAUGGAGGGAGAAGACCUCACUCUGACCUGUAGAACAAAGAUGUCCUCCAACCUCCCAGCUGGUUUCUAUAAAGAUGGCUCCUUCAUCAGGACUGAGCCUGCAGGUCACAUGACCAUCCACCAUGUUUCCAGGUCUGAUGAAGGCCUCUACAAGUGUUACAUCAGCAGUGUUGGAGAGUCUCCACCCAGCUGGGUCUCUGUCACAGUUCUGACCUCACUGCUGAGCAGCACAACAAACCAAGCCUCUCUGACUGUGAGUCCCAGCAGCUCUCAGAUGUUUAAAGAUGAACAUGUCUCUCUGAGCUGUGAGGAGGACAACAGCUCUGCUGGAUGGACUCUGAGGAGGAACACAACCAGAGAAACCAGGACUCAGUGUGGAGAUGGCUGGGGAAGACCUGCUGGUUCUUCCUGUACCUUCAGCUUCAUGGUCCCCGGGGACAGUGGAGUUUACUGGUGUGAGUCCAGAGAGGGAGCAACCAGUAACAGCAUCAACAUCACUGUCACUGGUGGACCAGUGAUCCUGCAGAGUCCUGUCCUCCCUGUGAUGGAGGGAGAAGACCUCACUCUGACCUGUAGAACAAAGAGGUCCUCCAACCUCCCAGCUGGUUUCUAUAAAGAUGGCUCCUUCAUCAGGACUGAGCCUGCAGGUCACAUGACCAUCCACCAUGUUUCCAGGUCUGAUGAAGGCCUCUACAAGUGCAACAUCAGCAGUGUUGGAGAGUCUCCACCCAGCUGGGUCUCUGUCACAGUUCUGACCUCACUGCUGAGCAGCACAACAAACCAAGCCUCUCUGACUGUGAGUCCCAGCAGAUCUCAGAUGUUUAAAGAUGAAUCUGUCUCUCUGAGCUGUGAGGAGGACGACAGCUCUGCUGGAUGGACUCUGAGGAGGAACACAACCAGAGAAACCAGGACUCAGUGUGGAGAUGGCUGGGGAAGAUCUGCUGGUUCUUCCUGUAACAUCAGCUACAUGGUCCCUUCGGACAGUGGAGUUUACUGGUGUGAGUCCAGAGAGGGAGCAACCAGUAACAGCAUCACCAUCACUGUCACUGGUGGACCAGUGAUCCUGCAGAGUCCUGUCCUCCCUGUGAUGGAGGGAGAAGACCUCACUCUGACCUGUAGAACAAAGAUGUCCUCCAACCUCCCAGCUGGUUUCUAUAAAGAUGGCUCCUUCAUCAGGACUGAGCCUGCAGGUCACAUGACCAUCCACCAUGUUAACAGGUCUGAUGAAGGCCUCUACAAGUGCAACAUCAACAGUGUUGAAGAGUCUCCACCCAGCUGGGUCUCUGUCACAGAGAAACCUACGACUACAAGCCCUCCUUUGAGCUCCACAACCUCUGCAUACACACCCCCUGAUACAACCUCAGCUCCGCCCCCGACCUCAGUGGUCAGACUGGUCUGCCACCUGGUGGUGUUCUGUCCGUACUGCAUCUCCACUUUCAUCAUGGUGUCUCUAUAUCGACGCAGGGCCACAGGGAACGGCCUACCUGUUGCCAUGGUGAUGACCACCUCGCCCACCCAGGCUGAGGAGGGAUUGGAUGAUGAAUAUGAGAAUGACAUCACCGCUGUCACCAGAGAGCAUCACUUCUGAACUGAUCUGAAGAGAAGCUGAAAUCUCCGUAGAUCAGAAACAGUUCCCCCGGCUGUCUUGAUAUAAUUAUGAUUUAAACAUCUUCAAUAUGAAAUCAUUGCUUUAAGUUUGAAUUGCUCCUUUACUGCCAGCCACAGCUAUCUCUGUAAUCCUGAAUAUUUUAUGUUAUAUC